AGGUAGCAGACGUCCCUUCCGGUUUCCAGUCAUCAGACAAAACUCCGCCGCUAAAACACCACGUUUCUAACUUCUCCCACUGAAACGCCAGAAAUAUGACGACUAUACGCAAGAUUUGCUGCAUCGGAGCUGGAUACGUCGGCGGGCCGACCUGUUCCGUGAUAGCCUACAAGUGUCCAGACAUCCAGGUGACAGUAGUGGACCUGAGCCAAUCCCGUAUCGAUGCCUGGAACUCGGACAAGCUGCCCAUCUUUGAGCCAGGUCUACAGGAUCUGGUGGAAAACUGCAGGGGAAGAAAUCUCUUCUUCUCAACUGAUGUGGAUAAUGCCAUCAAGGAGGCUGAUCUUAUCUUCAUCUGUGUGAACACUCCAACCAAGACCUUUGGUGUGGGGAAGGGCAGAGCAGCAGACCUCAAGUACAUCGAAUCAGCAGCCAGAAAGAUUGCAGAUGUAGCAACAGGUACCAAGAUGGUGGUAGAGAAGAGCACAGUGCCAGUCCGUGCUGCAGAGAGCAUCAGCAGGAUUCUGGCCGCAAACACGAGGGAAGACAUGAACAUUCAGGUCAUGUCUAACCCAGAAUUCCUAGCAGAAGGCACAGCUGUGAAGGAUCUACUGAACCCAGACAGGGUACUGAUUGGUGGAGAGGAAACAGAGGAGGGGCACAAAGCAGUUCAGGCCCUUACAGAUGUGUAUGCCCACUGGGUUCCACGUGAAAAGAUCCUCACCACCAACACGUGGUCCUCCGAGCUCUCCAAGUUGGCAGCUAACGCCUUCCUGGCUCAGCGUAUCAGUAGUAUCAACUCCAUCUCUGCUGUGUGCGAGGCCACUGGAGCUAAUGUCUCAGAGGUGGCACAUGCCAUAGGCAUGGACAGCAGGAUAGGAAACAAGUUCCUGAAGGCUAGUGUGGGGUUUGGUGGGAGCUGUUUCCAGAAGGAUGUAUUAAACCUGGUGUACUUGUGUGAGGCUCUCAACCUACCAGAGGUGGCAGCAUACUGGCAGGAGGUGAUCAACAUGAAUGACUACCAGAGGAGGCGCUUCACUAACAGAAUCAUUGAGUGCCUGUUCAACACCGUCACUGGCAAGAAAAUUGCCAUCCUGGGGUUUGCCUUCAAGAAAGACACAGGUGAUACCAGAGAGUCGUCUUCCAUCUACGUGUGUAAAUACCUGAUGGAUGAGGGGGCACACCUGCACAUAUAUGAUCCACAGGUGAAAAAGGAACAGAUUCUUUACGAUCUGAAGCAGCCAAUCAUAUCCGACGAUCCGGACCGUGUGGAGAAAUUGGUUACCAUAGAAACAGACCCGUACAAGGCCUUGGAAGGGACACAUGCACUCGUCGUGUGCACUGAGUGGGAUGAGUUUGUUGCGUACGAUUACCAGCGUAUCUACAGCAGCAUGUUGAAGCCGGCAUUCGUGUUCGACGGCCGUAUGAUCUUGGAUCAUGCUGCUUUGACAGAGAUGGGCUUCCAGGUGGAGGUUAUUGGGAAGAAAAUAAAAAAGCCCUUCUCAAAUGGGAACGUGAAUGGGAAUGAACGCUAAGGUCUAAAGGAUUAUUAGUAGAUAGCUCAUAGACAUUGCAUCUGUCACAAUGCUUCACAUAUUAUACCAUACACUAUGUACAGAAAGUUCAAAGUAUUUUUGUAAACUGGGUCAAGGGUUCACAGGGUUUUCAUAAACUGAACAUCAGCUGCAGGUAAAAUAGAAAGGUAUUUUUUCAGAAUCAUUGUUCCAUUUGUUGGUCCAGUUGGAUUGGUAGAACUUCCACACUCUAACUGUAUAAGACAUGUUGCCACUUGUUACUGUAUAGAGCAUUGUUUUAUCUUUUUGGAUUGUUCUGAAGCCCAUAUUCUUGCUAUAUGUUAGGAAUACGUCAACAUAGUGAAAGUUAGGGGAUAGUACAAGAUUCUCAGUAUGGAUUGAGAACUUGUUGAAUAUAGAUAGCAGCACAAAAUCAGCAUACUGUUGGUGACUUAUCAUGAGAUGCAAUUUUAAUGUAAAAGGACCAAAGCUCAAUUUCAAAACAUUCCACUUAAUAGUCAAAUCACAUAAAAAUCACAUAGUGUGGGAGUCAGCACUAUCUGAUGGCAUAUGGGGUGAGUUCCCUGUAUUCCACUGGUGCAAGUACAGGAUAAGUUCUUCCAACAACAUGUUAUAGUUGAAGUGAAUUUCCAUUUAAUGUGAAAGUUAAAAUUCAAAUGAUUGUAAACCUUCAGAUGAGACUCCCAUAUAGAUAACAAGGUUACAAACACUGAAGAAAGCAAUACACAAUACAUAUGCAUAAUGGUAUUUUUUUUAGAUACUAUAUGUAUACAUAGUAGAUAUACAAAAUGUAUACAUAACUCUAUUGCUGUGUUCUUGCUGUGUUCUUUAAAAGGUUACCAUAGAAACAGACCAGUACAAGGCCUGUGUUUGUAAAAGGCCAUUUGCAUAAGUUUAUUUAUUCAUAAUAGCUUUUGCAGAUCUUGCUGCUUAACAUAUACAUAAAUGCAAAACAUACUAGAUUUAUAUUUUGUAAACAUACAUUAUAUUACUCAUUCCACAUACUUUUAUUUUUCCUAUAUUUUAUUCUGGUGUAGGGUGCAGACUAAUAUAUUAUUUUAUUGCACAUCUAACAUGUUAGAAACAUGCUGACAGUAACAUAUUUUGCAAAGUAUUGUUUGCAUUGUAUUUAUGCUUUACAAUUACAUAAAUUUCAUUUCCUUGAAAAUGUAUCAUUUAUUUGGCUUCCAUAUGACAUGAAUUCAUUGACAUAAUUUCUCAAAUAGAAACUGUGCCAUAUGAAAAAGUUGUGAAAAUAUAUUUUAUUUCAACACCACCAAUAGUAAUAUUACGUUGUAUCUGAUAGUUAUUGAGAAUUUCAUUUAAAUAAGGAAGUUAAAAUUUGUUUUCUUAUAACCUUGAUUUAAACGAUUUUUUAUAUGGACUCUGGCAACUAAAUUUUAUGACAAGAAUUUUUGUGCAAAAUACUGAAAAUUCUAAUCCUACAAAGGAAAAUUUAGCAUAUUAUAACAGCAUUUGAUGCCAAUAUGAUAUGGAAUUGGUGCUA